AUGCUACACUCACCGGUGUUCCCUCUUGCUUACCCCUCCCCCGCGUCCCUCCCCCCUGCAUGUCUUUUCCUUGCACCACUCUCCCCGUCCCUAUCACCGUUUCCUCCGCCCGCCCAUCUCCCCAUGCCUCUCUUCCCUCCCCCCCUUCCCCUUCCGCUUUCUCCCUCUCUCCUCUUUCUCCCUCUCUCCUCUUUCUCCCUCUCUCCUCUUUCUCCCUCUCUCCUCUUUCUCCCUCUCUCCUCUUUCUCCCUCUCUCCUCUUUCUCCCUCUCUCCUCUUUCUCCCUCUCUCCUCUUUCUCCCUCUCUCCUCUUUCUCCCUCUCUCCUCUUUCUCCCACCUCUUUCCGCUUUCUCCCUCUCUCCUCUUUCUCCCACCUCUUUCCGCUUUCUCCCUCUCUCCUCUUUCUCCCACCUCUUUCCGCUUUCUCCCUCUCUCCUCUUUCUCCCACCUCUUUCCGCUUUCUCCCUCUCUCCUCUUUCUCCCACCUCUUUCCGCUUUCCACCUCUCUCCUCUUUCUCCCACCUCUUUCCGCUUUCCACCUCUCUCCUCUCCCACCCCCAGCUGAUGAACGCGAACGGCAUAGUGGCGCUGCCAGUGGCGGCACCGCCGGGGAAGUGGCUGGGGGCGGGCGGGGCGAACAUCGUGGACGGGGAUAAGCAUGCUUUCCUUUCUUCCCCCCGUUCCGCCCGCUGUGAUGGCACGGCAGAUCAGCAAUGCGUAGCGAGGGGACGAGAGAGAGAAACAUUGUCCUCUUUAAUGCCCUCCUCGCUGCCUCCCUCCUCGCUGCCUCCCUCCUCGCUGCCUCCCUCCUCGCUGCCUCCCUCUUCGCUGCCUCCCUCCUCGCUGCCUCCCUCCUCGCUGCCUCCCUCCUCCCCUUCCCUGUCACUCCUCCCCUCCCUACCAACUCGCUCACACAAGGCGAUGCAUGCUCCCUCUCUCUCCUCUUCCUCACUUCUCACUCUUUCUUCCUCCACCCUCUCCUUCCUCGCCCCACCCCACCAGGGAGUGGUGAGCAUGGCGGACGUGGCAAUGCAUGUGGUGAGGGAGGCAGCGAGGCCAGCAGCGCUCAAGGCGGGGGUGGUGAGCCUCAUCGGCAACUCGCCUGAGGGGCUCUCGCUCUGGGUCGCCUCCACCUCCACGCCCUUAGUGGACGCCAUGGAGCCGCUAAGCAAGGGCAUUCACCGGCUGCUCGUGCGCUGCCCCAUCGCCCCCCCUGCUGCCCCAUCUCCUGCCUAUGCUGCUCCGACUGCCAUGACCUUUGGCCACGCCACCCCUGAGGCACCUGAGACUCAGGGAUCGCCAGCAGCAGAAGGUGGAGCAGAAGCAGCAGACGCAACAGGAGGAGAAGCAGCGGCGGCAGAAGGAGAAGCAGGAACAACAGAGGAAGCAUCAGAUGCGGCUAGGCCGGCCACAGGAGCAGAAUCAGAAGCAGCAGCACCACCCCUGGCUCUCAAGCACUCCUACCACUUUGUCUCCCAGACUGACGUGGCAGCCUUCCUGCUGCUCCACGUGGACGCGCUGGGUGACGUGGCACAGCGCACUGUGGAGCAGCUAGGCCUCGCGGACCCGCUCUUCCCGCCCCUCGCUAUAGUGUCGGGCAUUACAGUCACUGCCGCGCUCAGGCUCAUGCAGCGCGCUGGUGGCGUGAGAGCGGUGGCUGUGGUGGCGGGGAGUGCGGAGGAGGAGGAGCGGAUGGAGGAGGGCGAGGGGUCUGGUGCUGCAUCUGCUGCUGGUGCUGACGUGGCAGGAGGAAGGGGAGGAGGAGGGGGUGGGGCAGGGAGGGGGAGGGAGCGGGGAGAAGCAGGGUGGGUGAGGGGUGGCCGGCUGCUGGGGACUCUGUCAGUGUCGGAUCUAAGAGGCAUGGACGCGGAGACUUUAGCUCAGCUCACAUCCAUGAAGGUGCGGGACUUCCUCGCUCACAUGGCGUCGCUCUCCCCCGAGGGUCGGCGCCCGUCCAUCACGUGCCGCAUGGCGGCGCCCCUGGCGGAGGUCAUGGCUCUCGCAGCCACCAACCGCGUGCACCGCGUGUGGGUCACGGGGGAGGACGACGAGCUGCUGGGGGUGGUGUCACUCACUGACGUUAUCUCGGCUUGCAGACGGGCAGGUGGACACUGGUAG